UAAUGGUCAGCGAGGAUGAAAACGGGGACGACAGAACUGGUUGCUAAGUUGCACUUCAAUGGCUGACAGUGGAAAGAUGAGAGGAAUGGUGAGUCGGUGAAGUGUUAGCAAGCAAUGUGGACCAGCAUGUGCGCUGAUUGUUCCCAUGCUGCUUUUUACAAGUGCUCUUUGCGAAGAGGUCCGUGCUGCUUCCACAAAAGUCUCUAUAUCACUUUACUUGUCAUCUUGUCUUCUGAACGCCGCUCAGCCACGUCGUAUUUUGCGGUCCCUUACUCCUCCAACCAAAGCUGUUCCAUUGACACAGGCCAUUAAGGAAAGACUUUCACCAACAUUCGGUUUUGCACCAUGGACGCGUCGGUCAACUUUAACUCCGAGCAUAGUAUUUAUGUUCCUGGCGAUUAAAAUGACGUUAGUAAUGAAAAUCGCCCUGACAUGUUCGCACAGCCACUGCCAGGCCCAACGUCUCUUCCUGUUGAGUUUAGGAGUCCGGACGCGGGUUCGAAACCAUAUUUGCGUCCUUCAACGCAUUCCCGUCGACCUACAGUUGGCGUGGCCGUGUCUCGCAUGCAAUGCAAGCAUACACUGGCAGAAAUUUGUAACCAGUAUGAGAGUGUUUGCAGGAUACAGCGAGGUUGCUUAAGCACGAUGACAUUUCGCCUGUGAGGCGGCAGAUUCUUGUGCAAUUGUUCAGUGGGAGAUAUCUCAGACGGCAUCGUUACUGAGAAAGUUGGAGCGGCUGUGACAUAC